CCAGGAAAUGUGGCUAGACGGCACUUUGAGGACACCGAUGCUGGAGCCGUGUACGUACCUCUGUCUGUCGCAACAGCAAGACCUCAACCUCGAUUGCACAACGCGACCACGGAGAGCGAUUGAUUGAAAGGCGCAGCAUACACGUUUGAUAGCAAUAUCCAGUUCUGGCCUACAAUUUUUCUUAACCCAUCAACACCCCUCCUGCAGCAGCAACAGCUCUCCCAAGCUAGCUAGAGCUGCAAAGCUCCCCCACCAUCGGCAUGGCAGCGAAGGGCCACUCACUGCGCGAUCGCCAGAUCUGUACGUCGCAUAACCUGUUGCGCCCAUGUUCUAUAGAGAACUUUGGAGCUAAUGAGAACUGAAGCCGCCUUAAAGAAGCUCCUCAGCCUGAACGACUCCUACUCGGAUAACGACACCGAGAACACUCAAAACAACGGCGGCGCACUUGGACCGACGGGCGCAAUCAUCACCUCAGAUGGCGACCCCCUGUGGAAGGUCCUGGUCUUCGAUGACCUUGGCCGCGAUGUCAUCAGCAGUGUGCUCCGUGUCAGCGAUCUGCGAGGGCUGGGAAUCACGAUGCACAUGCACAUUGGAGCAUCAAGACAUGCUAUCCCCGACGUACCUGUCAUCUACCUCCUCGAACCUACGGCGCAGAACCUCCAACACAUCACUAGCGAUCUCCAAAUGGGCCUAUACACUCCCGCAUACCUGAACUUCUUGUCCUCCAUUCCUCGACCGCUGCUUGAAGACUUUGCGGAGCAAACGAUAACCGCCGGCACAUCGGACAACAUUGCCAGACUCAUGGAUCAGUAUCUAAACUUCAUCGUUGCCGAACCAGAUCUUUUCAACCUGGGUAUGCAGCGAGACCACACGUACUGGGCUCUAAACAGCGCAACGACGAACGACGAGGAGCUGGACAGGGUGGUAGACAGGAUUGUCAGUGGCCUCUUCAGCGUCAUCGUCACCAUGGGUGUCAUUCCCAUUAUCCGGUGCCCCAAGGGCGCUGCCGCGGAAAUGAUCUCUGCCAAGCUUGACCGAAAGCUUCGCGACCACAUUCUCAAUUCCAAAGAAAACCUCUUCUCUUCGAGCGCCCGUCCGGCGUCGGCAGGAACGCCACAGUCACGACCUGUCCUUAUCAUUCUCGACCGAAACGUCGAUUUAAUACCCAUGCUUUCCCAUUCUUGGACCUACCAGUCACUGGUCCACGAUGUUUUGAAUAUGAAAUUGAACCGAAUCACGAUAGAGACGCCCAUAGACGAGAACAACCCUGCCAAGGGAAACACCAAGAAGGCUUACGACUUGACGGCGAGCGAUUUCUUUUGGACCAAGAACGCGGCUGUACCGUUCCCUCAAGUAGCCGAGGAUAUCGACGCCGAAUUGACGAGAUACAAGGAGGACGCGGCGGCCGUCACCAAGAAGACAGGAGUGACAGACUUGGAAGACCUACAGAAUGAUACCAGCGCCAGCGCACAACACCUGAAGGCGGCCAUUACCCUUCUGCCUGAACUUCGCGAGCGCAAGGCUGUGCUCGACAUGCACAUGAACAUCUUGGCAGCGCUUCUGACCGGCAUCAAGAACAGGCAACUCGACAACUUCUUCCAAGUCGAGGAGGGCGCCGCGAAGCAGACCAAGGCUCAAAUACUGGAGCUCAUCAAGGACAGUGCAAAGGGCGACGAGCCGGUUGACAAGCUCAGAUUAUUCGUCAUCUGGUACCUUAGCACCGAACAAGACGUCAGCAGGGCAGAGUGGGAAGGCUUCGAGAAAGCCCUGACAGAGUGCGGCGCAGACACAACCUCUCUGCCGUACAUCCGACAAGUCCGCGCCACCACCAAGAUGACCCAGCUCACCACAAUCUCCAACCCGACGACAAACCAGGCCGGCUCAUCAGACAUCUUUGGCCGCUUCUCUUCCAUUUCCAACCGCCUCACCGACCGUCUGAAGGAAAGCGGCGUCCCUACUGGCCUGUCCUCAAACUUUGAGUCCCUCAUUGGCGGCAUCAAGAACUUCCUCCCCGCCAACCGCGACCUAACAAUCACAAAGAUUGUCGAGUCCAUCAUGGACCCCUCCACAGCCGCCAGCUCCGCCAUCGCAAAGACGGAAAACUACCUCUACUUCGAUCCCCGCUCCGCCAACGCCCGCGGCACUAUGCCCCCACCCAGCGCCAUCCGCGCCGGCGCCGGCGGGUCUUCGGCACCAGGUGGUCUCCCCGGCCAAGCCGCAGCCGGCACGGGCGCCAGCUUCGGCCAGCGUCGCCAGGGCUUCUCCGAGGCCGUGGUCUUCACCGUCGGCGGCGGCAGCAUGGACGAGUACGGAAACUUGCAGGAGUGGGUCGAGCGGACGGGCGGCGACCGCGCGAGGAGGAGGGUGGUGUACGGCAGCACGGAGAUUCUCAACGCCGACGAGUUUAUCAAGCAGGAGCUCGAGAGGCUUGGCAAGGAGGUGGCCUCGUAGAGCGGCGGCGGUCAUUAUCACGGGAUUUGAAAGUCACUUCAUUGAAAGAGUCUGUUCCCUCCCAUCGUCUCUCAAUUCUCCGCCGCGCUGCGGCUGUACAAGUGUGAGAAGGUUUUCAAAAAAGCAGUAAAUACGAUUCCCAAAUUGGUUCAAUUAUACACUUUUGACUGGUGACUUCUUUUGCUGUAUAGAAGCCAUCCGUCCCCAUCUGCCUGAGAUCCAUGAAAUAAAUGAAAGCUUUACAUGUUUGAACUUUGAGGGACAAGUAGUCGAGAAAUAUCCGUACCUAGACAGAAAGAAUAACAUGUUUUACUCAGACUUCUCAAGAUCUAUUGUCUAUUCAAGCAUACAUGCAUGCAAUCACA